AUGCUGCACGGCUUCGACUUCCUCCGGCAGCAGUACUCCCAGCUGGCCAAGCCGGGCUCGGGACAGCAGACCGUCGCAGCCACCGUCCAGACGCUGGCCGACCGUCUGACAAAGGCAGAAGAGACCCAGUCGCCCCUCGAAGAUCGCCGCGCCGCCGUCCUCGCCCUCAAGGGACUCAGCCGCGACCACACCCGCCUCGUCGGCGAAAAGGGCCUUCCAGCCCUACUCGUCAGCCUCGAGCGCGAUGCCAAGGACGAGGAGCUCGCCCGGGCGCUCAUCGAGUGCUGCAUCACCCUCUGCGAAGUCCCGCCGGCCGGCAGCGAACCUCAGCGCCGCCCGGGAGCCAAGAGGAAGCAGUACGAGGCAGGACCGCCAGCCGGCCUGCUCAACACCGAUAUCUUCCUUUCCGAGCCCGGUCCGCUCCAUGCCCUGCUGCCACUGCUCGCUCCCAACCGCGCCUUCUACACUCGCUUCGCCUCGCUCCAGCUGCUCGGCUCGUUGCUCCGGAACCGCCCCUCGAGGGUGCAGGACCAUGUCCUGGUGGCACCCGGCGGCUGCGGUGCUGUCCUCGAGUGCCUCGCAGAGGGCGCCGGCUCCUCGGCCGAGAUUGUGCGCAACGAGGCGCUCCUCCUGCUCCCGCACCUCGUCCACGGCAACGCCGACAUCCAGAAGCUCGUCGCCUUCGAGGGCGUCUUUGAGAAGCUGCUCGACGUCUGCGCCGUCGAGGGUCGCAUCGAGGGCGGCGUCAUCGUCCAAGACGCCCUCGAGGGUCUCGAGGCGCUGCUGCGCUACAACGUCUCAAACCAGAACUACUUCCGCGAGACCCUGUCGAUCCCCAUGCUGGCGCCGUUGCUCUUCUACCCUCCACCGCCCAGCCAAGAUGGCGGCGCGUUUGCCGAGCAGGAGCACGCCCGGCAGCUCGAGGCGUUCUCGUUUCAGGAGUGGGACCAGCAGAAGCUGCUCAACGCCAGGCUGGUCGUGGGCAUCGUCGGCAUGCUCGUCGGCGGUCAGGGCGAAGGCAGGAAGUCCAACCAGGCCGCCCUGCUCCAGUGCGGCGUCACAAAGUGCCUUGCGGAGCUGGCGCUCGCCUCGACGGCACCUGCGAGUCUCAAAGCUCAGUCGCUCCACGUGCUGGCCUCGCUGCUGCGGGCAUCUCGCGUCAACCAGGACCAGCUCUCCACGCUCCACGUCUUCCCCAUCCAGAUGAUCCUGGAGGAGGCGGACGGCGCAGGCGUCGCAGCAGGUGACGCGCACGACCAGCCCGGCGGCUCGGCGUCGGCGUCCGGUCGUCCCUCGGGCGACUAUGCGCAGCAGCAGCAGCAGCAGCAAAUGGCGGAACCGUCCUACACGCGGCUGCCUGCACGUCCCGCAGUGGCGGCCCUGAUCGGAACUGCCGUCAAUGGCGCCGGCACCAAGGGAGGUCUUGGCCUGCGAGCGGCGGCCUUGGCGUGCUUCGAGGCGUACGUGGCCGACAAUCUCGAUGCGCGCCUCGGCAUCCUCAGCACCAUGGCCUCGCCGCCAGAUGACAACCCCAACCAGCAGAACGACGCAGACCGACCGUACAGCGCCGGCAGCGUGCUGGUCGAAGGUCUGGUGCAGAAUCCAGCCACCGAGGCCGCGGCGCGAGGCAGCGACGCCUACAAGUACCUCAUCUCGUCGAUGCUCUUUUCCCACGUUGUGCGCGGCAGCGAGACGGCCAAAAAGGUGGCUCGACAGAUUGCCGUCACCCCCGAAGGCCAGGUGAUCAAGCGCCUUCGAAAGGAGGACGAAGAUGGAGGCGGCGGCGACGACGACGACGAAGACGACGACCAGGCUUCGUUGAUCCAGGUCGUCGUCGGCAAUCUGACGAUGGCCGAGCGCGAGCUGGCCGACGCGGUGCGGCGGGAGCGAGCUGGCACGCUUGCAUCGACGUCGUCGAACGGUUUCUCGGCGGCCGACUGGACCCGCAUCAUGACGGGCUACCUCGUCGUCCUCUCCGUCUGGCUGUUCGAGUCUCCGCUGAGCGUGCGCGACUUCCUGUCCGAGUCGGCGACGCUGCAGGCGCUGAUUCAGCCUGUGGCGCAGUCGUCGGGCGUUGACCCGCUCGUCCAGGCGCUGGCCGCCUUCCUCCUCGGAGUGGCAUACGAGUUCGACACGAACCCGGGCAACGUCGCCGUGACGCGCGCCACGAUGCAGCCCAUCCUCCUCUCGCGGAUCGGAGCCGACAACUUCGCCGUACGCCUCGAGCGGCUCAAGGACGAUGCCCGCUUCGCCGACGUCAGCCCGGACGGCCUCGAAAAGCUAGCAAGGCUGGAAGAGGAGCGCGAGUUCAACGAGUUCCGCGCCCGCGAGAGGGAGGAGGCCCGUCUGGCCGCCGCUGCUGCCGCUUCGGCUGCCGCCGUUGGGGCUGAGGGGGCUGCGCAGGGUGCGGGGCAGGAGACGGGCGACGCGUCUGCCCGAGCGGGCGACAAAAAGCGGAGCGGCGACGACGACGAGGACGAGGAGGCAGCGAGGGACCGCGAGCUGGAGCUGAGCGGCAUGGGCCACCUCAGCCGGAGGAGAAAGAUGGGCCUCUGGUUCGACUGGGCCUUUGUCGAGUUCUGGCGGGCCAAUUCUGUCAUGAUCCAAAAGACGAUCCUGGUCGACCCGGCCUCGUCCUCGACGCAGCAGGCCUCGGCAACGACCGAGCUGCUGGAUGCGCAGCGCCAACUCGACUCGGCUCGUGAUACGAUCGGCAAGCAGGGGCGCGAGCUCGAGGUGCUCGAAAAGAGGGUCGAGGAGCUCAGCCGGCUUCUGGACGAGGAGCGCAAGGCCGCCGCGGAGCGCAUCGAGCAGCUGGAAUCCGAAUCGGCCCAGUCGGUGCCCCGGAUGCAGCAGCUCCAGGACGAGGUCACGGCGAUCCGGACCGAAGUGGAGUCGAUCACUGCCGCCAAGGCCGAGGUCGAGGAAGAGGUCAAGAAGGUCAAGGCGGAGCUCGAGUCGGCCCGCGCCGAGAUUGAGGCGAAGGUGUCCCACUUCCAACAGGAGAUCGCCUCUGCUUCGGCAAAGGACGCUCAACGGGGCGACGAGGCCGCCGCGGCCGCUGUGGCCGAGGCAAAGGCGGCGAGCGAGGCAGAGGUUGCGGAGUGGAGGAAGAAGCACGACGAGCUGGUCGAGCAGCUGCGGCAGGUCGAGGCCGCGAGCCAGGCGCGGGAGGAGGAGCGGGCGCGCUCGCUCGAGGCCAAGACGAGGGAGCACGACGAGGUCGUCGAGCGGCUGCAGCGUCUCGAGGCCAGCGCCAAGGCGGAGAAGGAGGAGCAGGAGCGGGUGCUGCACGCCAAGACCGAGGAGGUUGACUCGCUCACGGCGCAGCUGUCGACGGUGACGCAGGAGCGGUCCGAGAUCCAGGUGCGGGUCGAGGAACAGGCGAGCCGGAUCGAGAGCCUCUCUUCGGACCUCAAGACCAAGCAGGACGAAGUCGAGUCCCUCAAAUCCUCUGCUGCUGCUGCUGCUGCAGCGGCGGGGUCGGGCAGCGGCGACAAGAAGAGCAAGGGAGCGACGGCGCAAGGCAAGAAGGAGGACGAGGAGAUGAAGAGGCUCAGGGCGGAAAAGGAGGACCUGACAAAGGAAAACGAGGACCUCCUCGUCCUCCUCGAGGAGCUGAGCUCCAAGCGCAAAAAGGACAAGGCGAGGAUGCGCGAAAAGGGCCUCGAGGUCAGCGAAGACGAGGACGACGACGACGACGACGAUGAUGAUGAUGCCGACGAGGGCGAUGACGAGUAG